UCUAUUCUAUAUAUAUAUCUAUGGAUAUGUAAAUUGUUUGACACAAUGCGCGAGAAGGUUAAGAAUUGUGCGUGCAUUUUUCUAUUACAAUUUUUAUAAAAGUGGCAUGAAAAUUUUAAUACAACCUCAACACGCAAAUUAUAUCUUUUAUUAUAUUUAUGGGCUUAAUAUUAUUGAAUAAAAUUUUUAUGGAUUUUUAUGGAAUUUUUAGGAUUAGAUAAUAUCUUAUGUACAAUAAGAUAAAUGGGAAUGUUUUGUAAAAUAUACCGACCAUUAUGGUCCUGGCAUUGUAAAUUUCACAGAAGCGCAUAUUUUUUGUUAGACUAUAUUCCUAAUUCUAGGAAAACCAUCCCCUUAAAUGUUAUUAUCGCAGAAAACACAGAUAUCUAUAAGAAAAUAAAGGCAAAUGAAAAUAUAGAAUGGGCGAGCAUACGAGAAAAAUUUCUUCAAAUUCAACAAAUCACUCCAGCCAUUGUAGAUUCCACAAUUAUAGAUAUAUGUCUUAAAAACUUUCAAGUGGAUACAGCUAUUGCAUAUUUUAAAUAUCUGAGAGAAAACAAUUAUCCUCUGAAUGUGGCAGUGAUCGGAAAAUAUCUGAGACUCUAUUUUCUGAAACGCAAGUCCUUGACUGAUAUUGAUAAAACAGAAAUUGUAGAAACAUAUAAUGCCUUAAGAAAGCAACAUCCAUAUCUGGACUCUGUUACAGCUGAACAUUGUGUAGUAAGUUUGUGUUUAACAGAUCAGUGGGAAAAAACAUAUGAAAUAAUGGAAAUGAUGAAGAUUACUACCAGUCCAGGUACAUCUGUGUAUUCUGCACUAGCUAGCGCAGCAUUUAGAAAUGGAAAACCUGACAUUGCAUGGAAAGCAUUAUUAGAAAUAACAUCACGCAAACUAAUUCCACAAAAUAUCGUAUAUACAUCACAUCUUCAAUAUUGCGAACUAGAAGAACAAAUUUUUAAUGAUAGAAUGGAAGAGAUGUUUAAAUUUUGGGCUGAACACAGCAUGAGGCCAUAUAAUCGUGUCAUAAGUGCAUAUAUUGACGCAGCUACCAAAUAUGGCUGGUCUGCAGCACCCACUACUAUCUCCACUACAGGUAGUUGUAGACAUUGUGGCCAUUCCUUGUUGGAGAUAACAUUCAGUGAAAAGAAUUUUCGGGAUCUAGCCGAGUCUAUCAUGAAAAGGGUGAUUGUAGGAUCGGAUAUUUACUGCAAGACCAAUCCGCAAGAAUUGCAAAGAUUUAAAAAAUUCAUUGAGGAAACUAAACCCUAUGACAUAGUGAUUGAUGGACUCAAUAUGACUUAUAUUCAAAAUAAUUAUGCACCUGUAUUACAAACGUUGAAUAAAGUGAUUGACUACUUCAGUAAACGUGGACAAAAGAUACUUGUGUUAACACGAAAACAUCAGAAGAAGCUGCCUAUUUUCAAAUACAUAGAGCAGCGUGCACUUGUCUUUUUGACAGACAACCUGUCUGUUGAUGAUCCUUACCUACUUUAUGCAACCAUAUCAAGUGGCAAGAAUGCAAAAUUUGUGUCAUUGGAUUUAAUGCGACAGCAUAAGCACUCUUUAAAAGACAUGCACUUACAAAGAGAAUUUAGGAAAUGGCAAUGCUCGCAUCAGUACUUUGUAAUGAAAAGCGCAACCGGUAUACAUAUUCAGGAACCUUUCGUUUACAUGCCAACUGUGCAAAAAAAUGGUGACUGCUGGCAUGUGCCUUAUGUCAAUGAUGAUUUUACUUAUGCAGAAUCGUAUGAAUUCCCAGAUAAAUGGUACUGUUUAAAGUACAACAAAAGUAAAUAAAUGUUACAAAAUAAAUUUUGUUAUUAAAUAUAUCGAUGUU